AGCUUGACCGCGGGUGCACCCUGGACCCCACCAUGGCUCCCAGCCACCGGCCCCCCAGCCCUGCCCUGGCGUCCGUGCUGCUGGCCUUGCUGCUGAGUGGUGCUGCCCGGGCUGCAGAGAUCGUGGGCGGACGCGAGGCGCAGCCACACUCCAGGCCCUACAUGGCCUCGCUGCAGAUGCGGAGGGACCUGGGCAGCCACUUCUGCGGGGGCACCUUGGUCCACCCCAGCUUCGUGCUGACGGCCGCGCACUGCCUGCAGGACAUGGAGCGGCGUGCCGUGCGUGGCAUUUUGAGGCAGUGGGUGUGUGGGAGGGUGGCCUGGGUGGCCACCGUGGCGUGGGAGCAGCGUCUCACUGCCAUCUGCCUUCUGCCCCAGCUGAACCGUCCGGCCAACCUCAGUGCCUCCGUCGCCACAGUCCAGCUGCCACAGCAGGACCAGCCAGUGCCCCACGGCACCCAGUGCCUGGCCAUGGGCUGGGGCCAAGUGGGCACCCACGACCCCCCAGCCCGGGUCCUGCAGGAGCUCAAUGUCACCGUGGUCACCUUCCUGUGCAGGCCACACAACGUGUGCACUUUCGUCCCUCGCCGUAGUGCUAGCAUCUGCUUUGGAGACUCAGGUGGGCCCCUGAUCUGUGACGGCGUCAUCCAGGGGGUAGACUCCUUUGUGAUCCGGGAAUGUGCCACCCGCCAGUUCCCCGACUUCUUCGCGCGGGUAGCCCUCUACGUGGACUGGAUCCGUUCCAUACUGCGCCGUGUGGGGGCGGAGGGCCGCCCCUGAGCCGCCCCUACAGCGCUGGCCGGGACCCGAGCCCGGCUGCAAACCCUCGAGGGGGAUCUUUGGACAGAAGCAGCUCUUCUCCGAACACUGCCUCCUCCACCCGGGUCCAGGACGGCCCCACCCGUCCCCCCACACUGCCUCCCUCGGGGCUCCGGGAGACAGGCCGGCCCUGCACCUCUCCCUGCCGUGACCUCAAUAAACGUUGAAACUCC